CCGAGCGAUGAUUUUUGCUUGGUUUAGAUUUUCUCUUUUUUGCUCUUAUAAGCUACCAUAGGUUAAGUUCGGCACUGUCGCCAUGUUCUUCAGUCAACGCAGUGCACAGUCAGAAAUGUAGUCCAGUUUGACUCAUUUACCAGUUAAUCCGUCAGUUGCCAUUCAAGUAUUCCCGACGAAGUUUUGUCCCGCCACAGAAAUCGAAUAAAUAAGCUUCACAGCUUAAUAUCUCCAUUUACGGCUGGACUCCCAAACUUCAUUUUUCCCUUUCCUCAACUAUUCAUUGCAUUCGAUUUCUACGCUGACCUGGAAUAGGAGACGAAGGGAUUAAGUUAACCAAGAUGACAACUGAACAAGAUGUAAAGGACCUCAAGAUCAAGAGGAGAACCGCAAAGGCUAAGCUAACCCGGAUGUCCAACGCCUUGCAGCAUUUGUUGGACCAUGACAGGGACCUUGAGGAGGUCGACGAAGCUUUCCAAGGUUUGCAAGUUACAUUUAUAGAUUUAGAGAAAAGGCACGAGGCCUUCUGUGCGACCAUUGAUGAUGAUGAUGAAUUCACUAAAGAGGAAGCCUGGUUGGAAAGCUGCCAGUCUACAUUCAUUGAUAUGCAGAUGAGAAUAAGGGACCAUGCCAAGUCAAAGGCAAUUGUAACUGUACCGGAUGGGAGUGAUGGUCCAAGCCAAGCUACUGCUGCAUCGUCUGCAGCCGCAGAGACAGCAGGGCAAGAGAAUGAGACUGUGAGCAGAGAGGCAGAGGUUGACUCCCGUGUUGUCACCUCCUGCAAAGUACAGAUGGAACGCCCAAAACUUCCAAAGUUCAGCGGUGACGUGAGAGAGUUUGCUACGUUUCGAUCGGACUUUCAUCAUCUCAUCGAUACUCGAUAUAGCAAGAGAGAUGCUGUCACCAUACUGCGUACCUGCCUUCAGGGAAAGCCCUUGGACAUGAUAAGAGGGGUAGGCAACGAUUAUGAUGCUGCUUGGGCAUACCUGAACUCUGUUUUCGGUGACCGGCGAUUUAUAGCAGAUGCCAUAAUCUACGAUGUGAAUUCUUUUAGGGAUUUGAGGGACGGAGAGGACUCCAGAUUUUGCGAUCUGGUGCACCUGUUGAGGCGAAGCUUCAAUACACUGAAGGAAGUUGGCUGUCCACAAGACAUUGACAACAGCCAAACGUUGGCUCUGAUAGAGCGCAAGAUGACCCUCGAAGACCGGAAGGUGUGGUUCAGACAUGUAGAAAGUGCUGACAAGGAUGUCAGUUUGCAGCACUUACUGGACUGGAUGGAGACGGAGAUGAUGACACGUAUGCGGGCCACUGCACCGCUUAGAAGUGCAACUAGUAGCAGCAGACAGAAGAAUGCAGUCCACCAUGUAAGUGCUGACAACAAACAGAACAGUGAGAAUACCCAAUUUACCCAGUACAGAUGCUGGAGCUGCGAAUCUUCUGAUCAUUGGGUUGAACAUUGCCAGAAGGUCCUCUCCAAGAGUCAGACAGAGAGGUUUCAGUUAAUGAGAGACAAUCAUGCAUGUUUUAGUUGUCUCAAGAAGGCAGGCAGAGAGCACAACAUGAGAACCUGCAAGAGAAGGAAGAGGUGCUCUAAAUAG